AUGGGCCUCCUCGCCCUUGGCACGGCCCUCGACUGGCCUGACGCGAAGAAGAACGCCCAGCAGGUCCGCGAGUGGGGCAUCAAGCAACUUCUCGAAAUCUGGAACAAGGCCAAGGGUAAAGAGCGUGAUGCCAUGCUCUGGGGCGACGAGGUCGAGUACCUCGUCGUGACCUAUACCCAGGACGACCCCAAAGUCCGCCUGUCCCUGCGGCAGGCCGAGAUUCUGACCGCCCUCGCUGCGAGCCCCGAGCUCGCCGAAGGCGGCGGCGGUGUGCCUGACCUUCAGCAUGAUCAUGGCGCCGAUGCGGCCGCCACCAACGCCGACGAGCCCGCCGCCAAGCGCCGUUGUGUCGCCUCGAACGGGCCCGGAGCCUCAAACGGCGCUUCCGCCGCUGGUAGCGCAAAGCCUACCCUGCCCGUCUUCCACCCCGAGUUUGGCCGCUUCAUGCUCGAGGCCACCCCCGGCAAGCCCUGGGGCAUAGACUUUCGCGAGCUCCUCGGCGUCGAACCUGACAUGAAGCUCCGUCGCCGCAUUGCCAAGGACCACAUGCGUCCCGACGAGUACCCAAUCACCCUGACCACCUUUCCCCGUAUCGGAUGCCCCGGCGACUUCACAGCACCCCAUUACCCUCCGUCCGGCCCCCGCUUGCGCUCCCAGUUUGUUCCCGACGAGAUUGCCAACCCACACAUACGCUUCCCCACGCUCGCCGCCAACAUCCGCUGGCGGCGCGGCAGGAAGGUUCAGGUCAACGUCCCAGUCUUCCACGACCGCAAUACGCCCAUUCCCUGGAAAGACCCGACUGUAAACCGAGAUCUCCAUCUCUGGCCCGAGGACGAGGAUGUUCGUACCGGUGGUGCGGCUCCCGACGACUUCAUUCACAUGGACGCCAUGGCCUUCGGCAUGGGCAGCUGCUGCCUCCAGAUCACCUUUCAGGCCAAGAACAUCACCGAGGGUCGCAAGAUGUAUGAUCAGCUGAGCCCGCUCGGUCCCAUCAUGCUUGCGCUCACUGCUGCUACCCCCAUCUACAAGGGCUUCCUCGCCGCCACCGACGUUCGCUGGAAUCAGAUCAGUCGUGCCGUUGACGACCGCACGCCCGAGGAGCUGGGUGAGAAGCCUUUGAAAAACGACCGCUGGCGCAUCCCCAAGUCUCGCUACGCCUCAAACUCGACCUACAUAUCUACCGACCCUCGCUUGCGCCCCGAAUACAUGGACCCGAACCUCGUUGUUGACGAGGACAUCAAGGCCCAGCUCCUCGAAGGCGGCAUGGACGACCUUCUCGCCACCCACUUUGCACACCUGUUUAUCCGCGACCCCAUUGUCAUCUUCCAAGAGGACCUCGAAGAGCUUGAUCUUAACAAGACUGAUCACUUUGAGAACCUGCAAUCCACGAAUUGGCAGCACAUGCGUUUCAAACCGCCACCCGCCGACAACAGUAUCGGCUGGCGCGUCGAGUUCCGGCCCAUGGAGAUCCAGGUGACUGACUUUGAGAACGCUGCCUUUUCCGUCUUCAUGGUGCUGGUAACCCGCGCCAUACUGUCCUUUGACCUCAACUUCUACAUUCCCAUUACCCGGGUGGAUGAGAAUAUGGAACGCGCCCACGCCGUUGACGCUGUUCUCAAGGAGCGGUUUUACUUCCGUCGCAACCCGUUUCCCGCGCGUCGCGCCCGUGGUCUGAAUGGCGAAGGCGAUACGUCCUCUCGACCCGGUUCCCGUCCAGGAUCACGUGCUCCGAGCCGAGCGCCGAGCCGGCCUGCCACGCCGGUGGGUGCCGUCGAAGAUGAGUACACAGAGAUGACGGUGGACGAAAUCAUCAAUGGCUGUCAUGAUGGUUUCCCGGGACUCAUUCCCAUCGUCGAGAGUUAUCUCGACAGCGUCAACGUCGACGUCCAGACGCGCUGCGAGCUUGAUACCUACCUUCGCCUAAUCAGCCAGCGUGCGAGCGGCAAGCUUGCGACAGCGGCGCGCUGGAUCCGUGAUCUCGUCGAUGCACACCCGUCCUACAAGCAUGACAGCGUCAUUGGCGAGGAUAUACAGAAGGAUCUCAUUGGUGCCGUCAUUGCCGUCGGUGAGCGUGAGCUGUCUGGCCAGGGGUUUGCUGGCUUGGACGUGCCCGAUCUAAACCGCCUGUUGGGCAGCUUCCGCGGCGGCUGCGGCGGCGGUGAUGGCAUCAACCAAUAG